UUAAUCGUGACGUAGUGAUGACGUAGAUGAAAGAAGGCGUGGCCGACCUGUGAAAUGUCAGGGAGGAAUGGCGCUCGGCGCGGUAUUUUGAACAAUCGCCUGUUUGCUCCCCUCCGUCUGCCCGCGAACGCUGGCCUGCGUGGAAUAACUCCGGUGUACCAGGCUGCUGAGUCCUCGCCAGCAUGGACGUGGUGUCGCCUGAGCUCAACAGCCUCCUCCCCGACGAGAUCAUGGACAUGGAGGCCAUCGAGGAGGUGUCUCACUCCCAGUCCGAGUCCGGUCAAGGCACAUCUGUCCCCAUGGACACGGACACGCAGGUGGCGCCGGAGACCGUGGGUCCGUCCACUUCCGCGGAACCCCAGCUUGCCGGCUCGUCCUCCCACUUCCUCACCUUGAAGCCUGCGGCGGCCCCUAAAGCCGCCGACAGCGCCACGGGGACGACGACGGCGUCCGCGGGCGGCUUGCAAAAACUCACGGCGCCGUUCACCAUCUCCGCCGCCAACCACCAGAUCAUCCUCAACAAGGUGGCCUCGUCGCAGGCCACGGAGGCGGCGCGCUCGGCGGCCCCCCAGAUCAUCAAGCAGGAAGGCCAGAAGCUCUUGGUGACCACCAUCGGGAAGGCGGGACAGCCCAUUUUGUUGCAGCUGCCCCACACGGCCACCGCCAAGGCAGGCGGAGCUCAAAGCGCGGCCGACGGCAAGUCGCCGGUGCCGCAGAUCAAGAUGGUGACCAUCGGGGGGCGGCCGGAGCUGAAGCAAAUGGUCGGGGGUGCGGCCGGACAGGUGACCGCGCUACACGGCCAGCAGCUGAAGACUGUGCAGCUCACCAAGAAAACGCCAGUGUCCUCAGCCCCGCCCAUCAAGUUCAUCAUCACAAAAACCGUCAACAGCAAAGCUCAGAUGUCAGGAUCUCCCGUCAUCGCAGGACGUGUUGUGGCCCAGCAUUCGCCAGGGAUGACCCAACGCACCAUCACGCUGUCGGAGACCCACAACGCCAGCAUCCAGAGCAUCGCCGGCAAAAAGAUCGCCAUCUCCCCGCUCAAGACGCCCAGCAAGGUGACCGUGGUGUCCGUGGCUUCGCCGACCUCCAGCGGCCCCCAGAAGUCGGUGACCCUCCCGGUCAGCGUGGCGCUGGGCCAGCAGAUCCUCUCGGUCCAGCAGCCCGCCUCCGGGUCGCCAGUCAAGAUGGCCGCCGGCCAGGCGACAGCGCAGACUCUCAAACCGGUCCAGUCGGUGGCGGUAGGAGGCUCCCAGUUCAAGAACAUCAUUCCGCUGGCCUCCCAGCCCAACGUACAGCAGAUCCAGGUGCCGGGAAGCCGCUUCCAUUACGUCCGCCUGGUCACGGCCACCACGGCGAGCGGCGCGGUGCAGGCCAGCACCCCCAGCACCAGUGCCAUGCAGACAGCCAAACCCAUGGUGGUCAGUACGGGGGCGGUGGGGAUGUCCGUGCCCAUCAUGCAUGCGCAGAGCGUCAAGCAGAUGGUGCCCAAGCCGCUGACGUCGGCCGCCCAGGUGGUCACCAGCACGCCCACCCAGCAGCGCCUCAUCAUGCCCGCCACGGCGCUGCCGCAGAUCCAGCCCAACUUCGCCAACCUGCCCCCAGGCACCGUGCUGACGUCAGCCCCGGGAGGGGGCAACGUGGGCUACGCCGUCUUACCGGCGCAGUACGUCACGCAGCUGCAGCAGGCGCCCAUGGUGACCAUUGCCAACAGCUCCAGCUAUGCCGCCGCCGCCGCCCCCACCGUCCAGACGCAGGCCAGACUGCCGCUCAACGGCAUGUCGGCGGUGGAUGCCAGCUCCAGGCCGAGGAAACCCUGCAACUGCACCAAGUCCCAGUGUCUGAAACUAUACUGCGACUGCUUCGCCAACGGGGAGUUCUGCAACAACUGCAACUGCAACAACUGCUUCAACAACCUGGAGCACGAGUCCGAGCGCUCCAAAGCCAUCAAGACGUGUUUGGACCGCAACCCGGAGGCUUUCAAGCCUAAAAUCGGGAAGGGCAAGGAGGGAGAGUCGGACCGGCGCCACAGUAAAGGUUGCAACUGCAAGCGCUCGGGUUGUUUGAAGAACUACUGCGAGUGCUACGAGGCCAAGAUCAUGUGCUCGUCCAUCUGCAAGUGUGUGGGCUGCAAGAACUUCGAGGAAAGCCAGGAGAGGAAAACGCUGAUGCACCUGGCCGACGCCGCCGAGGUGAGAGUCCAGCAGCAGACGGCCGCCAAGACCAAGCUCUCCUCGCAGAUCUCAGACCUGCUCAUGAGGCCCACGCCCGUCAUCUCAAGUGGAGGCGGCAGGCUCCCGUACACGUUUGUGACGAAGGAAGUGCUGGAGGCGACGUGCGAGUGCCUCCUGGAGCAGGCCAAGUGGGCGGAGGAGACCCGGCAGCCUCACGUGGAGGCCGAGCGCAUGAUCCUGGAGGAGUUCGGACACUGUCUCAUGAGGAUUAUCAACUCGGCGGGCAAAGCCAAAUCGGACCGUGCCUCCGUCAACAGCUAGGCGGCGAGCUCCUCCCUCAGCCACGCCAAAACAUGCCGCAGCCUAUCCUGCCGGGUGGAGCAAAUAGGUCGCCCCCCCUGCCUCCAACCUCGGCAGGAACAAUGGCGGGACGCCUGAAAGAGAGACAACAGACGGAAUAUUCAAAACGGAAACAGAAGGACGCUCAUCGGAGCAUCGCCGCCAUCCUUUUAGCCCCCUUUUAUACGCUUUUGCUUUCUUUUUUUCCUAUCUGACGAGAAAAAAAAAAAGGGUUUCAUAUGGUAUAUUUGUGCUCCGAGUAGACAAACAGAACAUGUAUCUUUUGAUAUUUAUUUUGUAUUUGUAAUUAGUGUUCAGUGCUAAUCUUGUGAUUCUUCCCAUUAAUAAUGAUAAUUAUAAUAAUGACGAUUAACCGAGGCCAGGCUACACUGAUUGGAAAUAAACACACACACUCAAAGAAAUCCACAAGAGGCAAGCAAGAGGACAAAUACGAAGUAGUUUUUAAUGAAAUCGAUUUGUGUUUGUUUUUUACAUGGAAGAAUGUCGGAGAAAAUAAUUUUUAACAGCUUCUCAAACAUUUUCGGGAAUGGAAAUAACACAAUCUUUUAUUGAUCUUCUGUCCAAUCAAAAUCAUUACAUAUAUUGAGUAUCGUUCCCCCUAAAAAGCUCGGGAAGCCUCUUGAAAGUUGUGUACAGUUAAUUGUACAAAAAUAAAGCUUUUUAGCUAUGUAUUUAAUUCAAA